UGAGUCAAGUGACUGAGACCAACUUUCAGCAGGGCUCCAUGAUGCUUUGUAAGACAGACAGACUGAUGUUUAAAUGUCACCUCAAAGCUCUGAGUGUUUUGGUUUUCCAUCUUCUCCUACUACACUUCGGUCGAGGUGUGGCUCGGCUGACUGGUCCAUCUCAACCAGUAAUAGCAACACUUGGUGAUGACAUCAUUUUACCAUGUCAUUUGGAUCCUGCAGUGGAUGCUUCUGGCUUCACAUUGGAGUGGACAAGACCUGAUCUGAAUCCCAGAUUUGUACAUGUGUGGCGUGAUGGUGUUGAGCUUGUGGGUAAAAAGCAUAAAUACUUUGAAGGGAGGACAUCAUUAUUUAUUGAUGAGCUGAAGAAUGGAAACAUUUCACUGAAACUCUCCAAGGUGAAAGUCUCUGAUAAGGGAAGAUACAGAUGCUUCAUUCCAGGAGCAGAAACACAAUCUUUUGCUGAACUAGUUGUUGGUUCUGUCUCUUCGCCUGUUAUCAAGUUAGCAGGUGUUGACAGAGACAGAGGAGGAGUGAUAUUACGGUGUGAGUCUAAAGGCUGGUGUCCAGAGCCUGAGGUGUUUUGGCUAAACGGUGAGGGAAACCUCCUUUCUGCUGGACCAACAGAGACAGUCAGAGGUCCUGAGGGUCUCUAUACUGUCAGCAGCAGAGUGACUGUGGAGAAGAGACACAACAACAACUUCACCUGUAGAGUCCAACAAAAAAACAUCAACCAGACCAGAGAGACACACAUUAUUGUUUCAGAUGAUUUCUUCAUGUUCCCAUUCUGUAAUUCUGCUGUUCCCAUCAUUACUGGCUUGGCUGUUAUUUUGGCUGGCAUUGUGUUAAUUUUGACAAUAGUUCUUUUUGUGUGGAGGAAAAACAGAACAAACAAAAUGAGGAACUACACGGUCAAAAGUGAAAGAGGACAAAAUGGGAAUGACACUGAAUUGCAGGCUCUCAGUACAGAACAAAAAGAGGGAGAGGAGCCUUUGACAACUCCAACAGUGCUAGAAAAGAACAAGGGCGGGGAAAAGAAAACCGAAAAUACAUUAAAUCAGCAGCUCCAGGAGGAGCAGCAGCAGAGUGAGGAAGAUGAGAACAGAUUGAAGACCAUGGAGCAGGAGCUGGAGAACAUGAAUAAGGUUGAAAAUAAACACACUGAGCUGCAGGAGCUCCAUGAAGUGCAUCAGAAGAAGCAGGAAGACCUGCAGGAACUGAAGGAGAAGAUUGAGACCACGAACAAAGAGUUGCUGAGAAUUCGAAACUCCCAAUCAUUUUUUCAAUUGGUAAGUGAUCAUGGUAUGCAAGUGCAAUAAUAUAUUCCCACACUUCCUAAUGUAGAAAAUAUCAGCAAUAGAUACACUGUAACACCA